ACAAAAGCAAGAGCAACAACAACAAGAUUAGCCAUUCAUAAUUUAUUGAUUGUGCGAGCCAAUGUGUGUGCGCGCACAACUACAGUCACAACAACUAAUAUUUGAACAGAGUUAAACAAACGUCGCCUAGUCCUGGCAUAAAAAAUCAAUAGACAUCAGUGGCAGCAGCAGCAGCAGAAGCAGCAAUAACAAGACAAGACAACGACAACAACAACAACAACAACGAGAGGCCACAAAACGCAGCAAUAGCAACAACAACAAUAGCAAUAGCAAUAACGGAUAAUAGACGACAAACAUACAAAGCGCAAAGCGACCGAGCACGAGAGCGACAGCCCGAGCAGAGAGUGAGAAAGGGAGUGACAAAGACUUAGCAGCUGACUGAGCAUAAUCAUAAAAGGAAUACCAACAGCAACACCAACAACAACAAAGAUGCAUUCACUGCCGCUGCUGUUGCUGCUCAUCGCGCUGCCGGCGCUGACGCUGACUGAGAACGCAACGCUGCCCGCUGUCGAAGCCGGCGUGCUGGGCAGUCCCAGCUUUACUUCGAGCACAGCCGCGCCGCUGCCUCAGCAGCCCCUGGGCGCUGACUACGACAACUUUACCGUUAGCACCGGCAGCGGCAACAGCAACAGCAGCGAUGCCAGCGCUGAGCAGAGCAACAACAGCAACAGCAACAACAGCAGCACUAGCAGCAGCACUAGCAGCAGCACCAGCAGCAGCAGCAGCGCAGCGACAGCAGUGACGACAACGACAACAACAACUAGCAGCGCUGCCGCUACGCUGGCCGCCAUUGAGCAGCAGCAGCAGCAGGAGACCACGUCCAGCGUCGGCGCCGCUGUUGCAGCGCUGCCGCCCACAGGUAACGGCAACGGCAACGGCACGGCAGAGUCAGCAGCGACUGCGACGUCGACUGCGGCAGCGCCGCCGCACGAGAUAAUUGGCUCGGCCACGCCCAACAAAGGCGAGCAGGAGGCGAUUUUGCGUGCCUUGGAUUGGCUGAAGGAGAAACGCGCCUCGGACUAUGGCUGGGGCAACGACACGCACGUGGUGAUCCUGGCCAAGGAGCUCUCCGGCGGCCGGGAUCCCAAUGAGAGUGCCGAUGCCCAUCUGCAGGUGAUACAGGAGCUGGAGGACAUGCUCUCCGUGAAGGAGAUGGAAAUCGAGAUCCUGGCCAUGCUCGAUCGCCACCAUACGCUGCCCAAGCCGCUCAAUCUGGACAAGCUGGCACGGUAUGUGCUGGCCCUGGGCUCUCUGUGCAAGGAUCCCAAGCAUUUCCAUGGACACGAUUUAGUGGCCACGCUGCAGCAUCACGAGCCCGCCCAGGACAUCGAGUUCGCCCUGACCACCCUCUCCGCCUGCAGCUCGGCAGCGCAUGUGCGCAAGCGCCAAAUACGCCGGCUCCUGGACAUAGCCAGCGGCGUGACGGACCAGAGCGUCGAUGCCAUCGCCAUGGUGAUCCUGGCGCUGCGCUGCAUCGUGACCGACCAUCGUCAUCGCCACCUGCAGCACUUUGUGCGCCGGCCGGCCCGCGGCCUGGCCAGCCUGCAGGAUCAGCGCGGCAGCUUCGGCUCGCUGCGCAGCACAGCGCUGGCCAUGCAGGCGCUCCAGGAUCUGGAGUACGAUCCGGCCGGCCACUGGAAUCGCACGGCUGCCUCACGGUACAUACUGAGCAGGCAGCGCGCCGACGGCGGCUGGAGCGAGGAGCCGCUCCAGGACGGCCAGGAGCCGGACAUUGGCGUCGGCCUCACCGCCGACAUCAUCCUGGCCCUCGGCUGGAAGGGAUUGGGCGCAGUGCGCGCCCUCCAAUGCGACCAUGUCAUACGCGAGAGCAGCGAUCCCACAGAGAACGGUGAACCAAAGCUGGCGUUGCCCUUCGGACUGAGCUCCUCGGCCGAGGAGUCGGACGCCAAGAACAUCUCGUACACCUACACCCUCUGGGUGGGCUCCAAUGUGACCGAGGCCUUCUCCCUCUCCCUCGUCUCGCCAAAGAACACGAGCUUCUUCAAGGCCAUGACACAGGCAGCCGAAAUGGAUCCAAGAUUCAUUUUCGAGGCGCGCGAGUGGCCCAAUGGGCAUUAUGUGCACACGCUCUAUGGCAAGAACGAGGAACCGCGAGGAUAUCACUAUUGGCUGCUAUACAGAUUGCCCGAACUACCCGAUCCAAAUAAUACGCCUGGGAAUCAGCUUAUUGCGCCUGUUGGUGUCGAUGAGCUAAUGGUCGAGGAUGGCGAGCAUUAUCUAUAUUGGUAUAAGAAACUUUAAGCACGCGACACGAUUUGCCGGCCUUAGUCCCUAAAAACUAAAGUUAAGCCACUAACUAGCAGGAUACUCCAAGGAUAUAUAACAACAACAAGAAGAACAACAACAGCAACAGCAACAACAGCAGCAGCAGCAACUAUAACAUUUUCUGCAUCUAUGCAUUAUGUGUAUAGCUCUCUAUAUACGUAUAUACAUAUAUAUAAUGAUAUACGUAUAUGAAAGAAGUACACGCGAGUAUAUAUAGCAUUAUAUGCAAGCAUUAUAUAUACAUAUAUACAUACAUAUAACUGAAUAAUAAUGGCGUAAUCAAAACUACAUUAACCUAUCCCCUGCCCCCUCAUACACACACCCACAUACACACAGACAUCAAUAUAUGUAUACAAAUAUGCCCUAGCUUCAAACUAAGU